GCCAUUCUAGGGUCGACUAAUAGGUGAAGUUGAUGUUGGAAACAAAUUCUGUGUGUACCUCUGCUAUGAGCACCUGUCACCGGUCUGCUAUCGUUGUGGCUUGUUUUGUCACGACCACUUCAACUCUCCAUACAAGGAAACAACGCCUGCUAAAGGCUGAAAUCUAAUCAUCCCAUGCCUUUACCGAGAAGGCUCGUGGGAAGCAAAGGCCUGACGGUUGAUCUUUCACCAUUGCCUCUUUGCCCGCUUUGCUCCCUUCACAUUGGCCUCGUGGAGGAGGACUUCAAGAUUGAUGGACAACACUCAAUUGAUGAUGUGGCUACUGAUAUAUCCUCAUCACCAAAUCCUCACCCACUAGACAAGAAGGCUAGGCGAUUUCUGGGUUUCUCGGAUGCCAUUCAUGAGGCUUGCGAUCACCUUAUAUCGGCAUUUGGCAUGUAUCUUCCAGAGCUACUCCUGUCCACUAAGGAGCAUACCUCUCUUUCUACUGAUCAAAUGGAGACUCCUACUAAGCUGGGGGAUGAAUUGUGUAAGGCUAUCAUUGGUAAUGUCGUCGAUCCCCCUUCACAAUUGGAUUCUAAAGAUGGCUUGGAAGACCCCAUUUCUCUCGGAUUCUGAAAAAUGCUUGUAGAUUUAAAGGAAAAUAGAAGAAGUAAGAAUAUGGAGGAGCAAUGUGUCAAAUCCUCAGCUUGCUCCGUAGCUAGGUUUCUUCAAUUUUUAAUGGGUUCCACAACUAAUGUUUAUAACCGGUAACAAGACUUAUGGCUUGCUCCCAUUCGUCCGUAACAAACUAACAUCACUAAGUUAUUACAUAACCAAAACGACAAUGCAUAACAUAAAUGACUUUAAGCAUU